AUGCCUAUCUCAGGCUACUUCAGCUCAAUCUUCAGUUACUUCCUGCUAUUGUUGCUAGGACUAAUCAUUUAUGUCCUAAACACUGUACUGAUUCAGCCCUAUUUGUUUUGGAGGAAGUACAAGAAGUACCCAAACGUAAUCACCAGAGAGUCUUUUAGCCCAAUUCUUGGCGAUAUGAAGGAUCACAGGGAUUCAAUGCAAAACAACAAAGUACACUAUUCAUAUAUGAAGAAUGGGGCUGAAAAGUACAACAAGCAUGACCUCAGAGCAAUCCUUGAUGGAAUUUUCCCUACCAUCAUGGUCUUAAGUAACAAAGCACUUGAAGAGUUCCUCAGCAUGCAGGUUACAAAAAUAGACAAGGACGAUCAACACUCAGGUGUAUCUAGCUUCAUUCCUAAUUCAUUAGGAACAAUGAAAUCAACAAAAGAGGUGAUGAGAAGAAGGAAGAAUACUCUCUCUUGGGUCUCAUUGAACUCUGCUUCAACAUAUAUCCCUCACAUGUUAAGAUGUCUUGAGAGAGUGAGUAAAGAAAUGAAGACAAAACAGCAAGUUGAUCUCAUUCAUUCCAUGAAUGUCGUGACUUUUGAUGUAUUUUCAGAUAUCUUGUUUGGUGAUGAUGUCAAGGAACUUGUAUCCAAACUCUACCCUUACGAGAACCCUGAUGGCUCCACUGAGAUGAUAGAAUUGAGAGAGAUGUUGAUCAGAUUGACCAAGUGCUACAUCGCACAGAUCUUCCACCCGCUGUCACAUAUGUUCAAGUUCCUGAAGAAUAGAGGACUAGUGAACCCUUUCAAGAGAGACGCUAAAAAUGCUGCAGAGUUCAAGAGAGCCAUUCUGGAGAUUGUGAAGAACUCAAAGGAGAAGAAGGCAGCUCAUUACAUGUUCAGUGACCCUAUAUCAUCAGAGAUAGAGAAACUUGACGAGGUCUGUGGGGUCAUGCUUGCAGGUUCAGAGACCACAUCCCACUCUUUAGUAUCUUGUCUCUAUUUCCUCAACAAACACCCUAGUACUCUUGCUAAAUUGAGAAAAGAACUGAAAGACAAUGGGUUUAGAAAAGGACAGAGCUUCUUUGAGUUAUGCACAAUGGAGAAAAUUCAGAGCAUGACAUAUCUAACUUGUUGUGUCAAAGAAGCUUUCAGAUGCGAUAUUGUCGUACCUCGUAGCUUUGCAUAUGCAGCAUUGGAAGAUAUUAAGAUAUGUGGCGUUCCUAUCUCCAAGGGGACCAAGAUCAGGAUUGAUCUGUCUACUUGCCACUUCGACAAAAAUAAAUGGCUUGAUGAGUAUGAGUUUAUCCCAGAGAGACAUGAUUUCGAGUCUGAGUACUAUAAGAGAGCUAAGCAAACAGGAAUCAAACCGGACGUCUACUCCAGAAGAACCUUCAGUCAUGGCAUGAGAAGUUGUCCUGGUCAAUCCUUCGCCAUGCUGGAGAUGAAGGUAGCCAUAGCUUAUCUAGUGACCCACCUGGAUAUCCAGUUUGAUGAAGAACAACUGAAUAACAAAGAUAUUGGGUUUGGCCUUGGUAGUCAUUUCAUCCCUCUGGUGACAGUCAAAGAGCGUUAA